GAUUGGUCCUUUUCAGGGGCGGAGCUCAGGCGUAUGGAGUGAUUGAUUGGUCCUUGGGAAGGGGCUGCUGGCUCCUGUACUGGCUUCAGAAUUAGAGGCCUUGGGUCUACCUUGCCGGCGCCAUGUCUUUUUGCAGCUUCUUCGGGGGCGAGGUUUUCCAGAACCACUUUGAACCAGGUAUCUAUGUGUGCGCCAAGUGUGGCUAUGAACUAUUCUCUAGCCGCUCAAAGUAUGCACACUCCUCUCCAUGGCCGGCAUUCACGGAUGCUAUCCACACUGAUAGCGUGGCCAAAUGUCAGGAGCGCAAUCGCCCUGGAGCCCUAAAGGUAUCUUGUGGCAGGUGUGGCAAUGGGCUGGGCCACGAGUUCCUGAAUGACGGCCCCAAGCAGGGGCAAUCUCGAUUCUGAAUAUUCAGCAGCUCGCUGAAGUUUAUCCCUAAAGACAAAGAAACUUCAGCCUCCCAGGGGCACUAGCCGGGCAGCCCACACCCACCCCAGACAGAUAUGCACUGUGACCUUACCCUGGCCAUCACAACUUGACAUUGGAACUCUAGACACUUAGAUAGCAUUCUGAACAGGGUCCCCAUGGCAAAGCACUUGUUUGGAAUAGUCCAUAGCCUUUUGCUAGGAUAGGCCUUGGGGCAGGGUACAUGCUGCCGGCCUUCUUAGCCUCUGGCUUACAGUCUCCAGAAGGUGAGCUCUGGGCUCAGCUCACCUUUGAAAAUGUUGUGCCUCUAUCUUUUCUAUUUAUCAGCUUGCUGCCCUCUCCUUGGCUUUCUGGACCUCCCCUGUGGGGCCCUGGUCCUCACCAAAGCUUAUGUCCAUCUUCCCCAGGCUGUGGUAUGACACAGAACUUAAAAGGGGAUUGCCCUGGCCAGCUGCUUCAGCCCUGGUCACUGCAUGAUCUGCUCUGGAUAAACCCCUUCUAGGCCAGCCAGGGUGGUGAUGAUCUGUGACUUGCUGGGGAGUGGGCUGAUGAGCCACACCCUGGAGCAUCAUCCUCUAGCAGAAGAACCUGAAGAUGUUGCACAAUCUGCAGAUGGAGCUUGCUUCACUCAGGCUGGGGAAGCUGCUGUUGCACCAUUAUCUGAUGAGCUCAGCAGGGCCUGUGGGGUCACUCCCUCCAGUUCACACUUGCAGAGAUGUAUCUUCCCAAGAUUUGGCUGCUGUGCCUUACUGUGUCAGUGUCCAGAAGUUCUUGUCAUCCAGGAGGGUGGGUGGUGCUGCCCUUCCCUCCCCCAUCUUGAGUGCUUUCUGGAAUAAUCAGGUAGAAAUCAAUAAACAGACAAAACCUGG